AUGGGUGCAAACAUGGGCAAGAACUCGAGCCUGCUCGACGCGCUGCCUUCCACGCAGGGCACGCUGCACGUCGUGAUGCUGGGACUCGACUCAGCCGGCAAGACCACUGCGCUCUACCGGCUCAAAUUCGACCAGUACCUCAACACCGUCCCAACAAUCGGUUUUAAUUGUGAAAAAGUGAAAGGAACUAUAGGCAAGUCGAAAGGUGUCAAUUUUCUGGUGUGGGACGUGGGCGGUCAAGAGAAACUGAGGCCGCUAUGGAAGUCUUACACCAGAUGCACGGACGGAAUAAUUUUUGUCCUGGACUCGGUUGACGUGGAGAGGAUGGAAGAAGCGAAAAUGGAACUCAUACGUACCGCGAAAUCACCAGAUAAUGCGGGGGUGCCGAUACUGGUUUUAGCAAACAAACAGGAUUUACCAGGCGCGAAGGAACCGCGGGAGCUGGAGAAACUAUUAGGUUUACAUGAACUAGUUUCGUCUCCACAUGGAUCGCGGGACGCGCACGCGUGGCACGUACAGCCGGCUUGCGCAAUUACAGGCGAGGGUCUACAUGAAGGACUCGAAGCCCUUUACGAAAUGAUAUUGAAAAGACGAAAAUUGGCGAAGUUGCAGAAAAAACGUCUAUUAGUAAGCGUCUUCAAUAAUUUGGGAGUGUAUAUUGAUAACCUUUUACCGUCUACAUACCAACUAACUGCACUACCCACAACAGAAACACCUGCUGUUUUGGAUGCCCAUAUGGAUAACCCUCAAUAUGAUAUAUAUUUAUACAGUCCAACUUCGGGUUGCAGAAACACCUACCGUUAUGGAUGUCCAUGGUUUACAUUCCAACUACCGGUUGCAGGUACAAAGAAAGUAACAACU